CCAGUAGGGGCUCGGUCAGCAGUGCGCGCCGCCGCGGCCGAGAGGGCUCCGCCGCUGUGCACCGUGAACGCGCAUCUCCAUGCGGUUCGAUAAAGAAACGAAAAGAGAAAAGAGCCGCUGCUGAGUGACGGACAAACCCACCGAGACCCCUCUGAUCCUGCGAUCCGAACCCGGUGCCACAGUGGGUCCGCUGGGUCCGGUUCUCCCCUGCAGAACCUCCGCUCUUUGUCAGCCGGUCCACGAAGCCCGGAGCUGCGCUUUGUGGGUUUCAUUCUUCUGGAUGAAGACGCUCAGAGGGAGGCUGCUGGCUUUUCCGUCUUAUCUUUUAUUUUUCUGAGCAUUAUUUUUUUUUGUGAAGUUUUAGCUGUUGGGUUGAAUCCCCGUCCGGACCGAGUCACCUUUUGUUCGGAGGGAAGAGGCGUUAGAUGCUGCGGUUCUGUUCCACUGGUCCACACUUCCCAGAACAUCUCAGUGCACGGAUGCUGAUUUUCCUUUUCAUGAUUCUGGUGGUUUUCAUGUGGAUCUGAUCCGUCCCGGUCCAACUGACCCUGGUUGUGAAUCAUGCCGGAGUGCGUCUCCGUGUCGGAGUUCGUGCAGGAGGUUCAGGAGGACUGGAGCUCCCCGACCACCUCCUCCUUCACCUCCAAGAUGAUGGGCUGCAGGAACACGGUCUACGUGCUGGAGGAGGCUCUAGACAGUGACCGGAUGGUGCUACAGAAGAUGAAGAAAGCUGCAAAAGCCAAGUACGCAUCAGGCCAAGACCACGUGUCCCACCUGGAGCAGUACAUCAACUCCAUGGAGAAGCUCGCCGUGAACUGUCACUCCAACGGAGAGACGGAGGUUUGCUCCGCCUUCUGCCGCCUGGCCGACUUUUCUAAAGAACUCAUCUCGCCCAUGAAAAAUCUGUUGAAGAGCAUGCUCCACAACAUCAACUUCUUCCUGGACUCUAUUGUUAAAGGAGACCUGAGGGAGGUGAAGGGGGAUCUAAAGAAGCCUUUUGACAGAGCUUGGAGGGAUUACGAGAGCAGAUUUAAGCAGGUGGAGAAGGAGAAGAGGGAGCUGGCGCGGCAGUACGGGAUGGUUAGGAGCGAGGUGAGUGGAGGGGAAAUUGCCGAGGAGCUCGAGAAGGAGAGGCGCUCCUUCCAACUGAGCAUGUGCGAGUAUCUCAUUAAGGUAAACGAGAUAAAGACGAAGAGAGGAGUGGACCUGCUGCAGAACCUCAUCAAACACUACCACAGUCAAAACAAGUAGAAUCUCUCUCUGUCUUUCACACACACACACACACACACACACACACACACACACA